UACCGAGUGUGAACUAACCUUGCAUAUCUCAUCUCGGCUUGUCCACUCCAGUCCGAAAUCUGGGGUCAGUUAGCCGAUGCUAACAACAGGUUGUCGAUGAGAGUAAAUGGGGCAUCGGGCUAGCCAUGUAAAUAAAUCACUGUUUUACACCAUUUACGAGGCACAAAGUAGCUCCACACUUCAUUGGUAGACUUCCAAGGGCCCUGGCAUUUAAAACGAGACAUUGAGAACUCAGAAUAACCACCGGUAGUUUAUUUACAAGAAGACUUAUACAAACAGUACCUGCAAGAAAAUGACGGGCCGCCGCCAUCUUCAAUGUAGUCACGAUAAGUUGAGUGUCGAGCAGGAACGAAACUACAACCUGAUAAGUCACGUGAAGAAGUGCUGUACAUGUGAAGAAGGAGUGGCCGGGCACAGCAUAGCCUAUGACUGCAACUUCAGCUGGCAUUACGAAGGAUAAGAGAAAAGUUAGAGAAGACAGAAUGGUUCGCGUUUGUGCUUUUCCAGGUUGCGGCAAAAAGAUGAGAAGCUAUGUUCCGGAAAGUUUUCACAGGCUACCUCUACACGAGUCAACUUGCAAGCAGUGGCUUGUUGUUUUGCAAGUCGAUGUCGACACACCUAUCCACAUACUAAAACAGAAGGAUUACCGUGUAUGUAGUGCACAUUUUGAUCCUGACGACAUCAUUAUAAGUGACUCUAAGCCUCGACAACGAAUGCGUCUGAAGAAAAGUGCCAUCCCGAAAGCGACACAACUUUCUCCGGAGGCCAGUGCCUCUGAGAACCCAGCAAUGUAUCCCUCUGAAAUGGCUGCUGUCCCCCAGUCCACACCUCAAAAACCACACAAACCUAGGAGGUCUGAUUGGUCCACUGGCCUCAGUUUUACAAUUUCAAGCCCCAAACAGCCAUCAGUAAGGCAACGAACUAGGCCAUCAUCAUCUGGACAAUACACUGCACGACCUGCAUCAUGGCAAUACCCACAGGUUAGGACUGAAACACCCCCCUCAUUGUGGAGUCCCUCGAGGGAAACCAGUGGUGUGACACAAUCAGAAGAUGUAGAGGAAGGUGCUGCAAGUGCUUUAGACACAUCUGUGCAAGACAUGAGCAUUAGCUUUGGGGAAAUGGAUUUGGACCGUAAAGACAUCAGUUUUGUGCCCUUCAGUGACACCACCUCAUCCAGCCCAAGCUCUGGCUCUGUGUCCAGCUCUGGCAGCACAAAUGGAUGGGCAGGAAGAAAGUGGAUAGUCGAUGAGGCCAAGCUAAUGGAGCUUUUUAGAACAUGCUCCCAGUGUGGUGUGGCCAUCGAGGACAAACGAGUUGCCACACGUGCCAGCCAGAUCAUAAUACACUGGACGUGUUUGAAGGGACACACCGGGGAAUGGGCAUCAUGCACCGACCAAAGAAAAAUGGGCCGCAACAACCUCCUGUCAUGUGCUGCAACAUUUUUCACCGGAGCCACCUACUCGGACAUCAAAGAAUGGGCAAAACUUAUCAACCUGCAGCUACCAAGCAAAUCUCAGUUUUACGCCAUUCAAUCCAAAUACCUCAUCCCUGUGACAAAUCAUGCAUACAAGGGACAGCAACAAAAAAUUCUGGAGAGGAUUUUUCAACUUUCUGCUGCAGGGCAAAAACUGGAAAUGUGUGGUGAUGCGAGGUGUGAUAGCCCUGGCUACAGCUGCAAGUACAGCACCUAUUCUUUUCAAGAUGAUGCAACAAAAGAGAUUCUUCAUUUUGAACUAGUACAGGUUACAGAAGCAUCGAGUUCUGUGGCAAUGGAGGCAAUGGGCUUUCAGAGAGGCCUAAAUCACCUCCUUGAUCUCGGGCUGGACAUUGGGGUGAUGGUGACCGACAGAUCGCCAUCAAUAAGAAAACUAAUGAGGGAAAGCUAUGGCAACAUUCGUCAUGAAUAUGACCCAUGGCAUGUGAACAAGAGUCUCAAGAAGAAACUGGCGUCUGUCUCUAACAAAAAAAAUUACAGAGAGCUUCGACCAUGGCUGAGGUCUAUUAGCAAUCACUUAUACUGGUCAUGCAGUUCCAGUCAUGGUGAUGAACAGGAGUGUGUGCGACGGUGGACAUCUGUACUUCACCAUAUUCGUGGCAUCCACAGAUGGGAAGAGAAUGGGCGGGAGUACCAAUGUGCUCAUCCACCUCUCUCAGAGGAGGAUCAGGAGAAAAAAAGGUGGCUGGAACAUGACUCCCCAGCUUUCCGUGCUCUCACAGAGUUAGUUGAGGAAAAAACUCUCCUGCGUGACCUGAGACAGAUGGCUCUGUUCAAGCACACUGGAUCACUUGAAGUUUUUCAUAACGUCACCCUGAAGUAUGCGCCAAAGCGACUUCACUUUGCUUACGACUCGAUGAGAGCUCGCACAGAGUUGGCCAUCAUAGAUCACAAUAUGAAUAUUGGAAGGAAACAAAAAACACUUGAGGGAAAUCCGCAGUACAAGUACGUGUACACAAAGACAACACAGCAGUGGGUGGCUAAGCCGGUGUAUGAGCCCACCUCUCAGGAGUUUCGAAAAGACCUGAUGGAGGACGUCUUGAACAUGAGGGAGGAGAAAAGCCUGGAACCUUGGCCCCGUCCUCCACCUCUCCCAAAAAGGUUGCUGCAAAACAUCGCACCAGUGCCGAGGCCAGACCCGUCUGAGUUGGUGGCCCAAAGGCUGUCGCGCUUCAAGCAACUUUUGUAACAUUUCGUUUGUUCUUUUUUGUAUAUAGUUUUCUUUUUUUUUCUUCUUUUUUUUUUUAAUAAUGUACACAGUUUGUUUUUCCUUUUGUGUUUAUUUCAUGUUCUAUGUGUGGUCUACAUCUUUGUUGUUUUUCUAUAAAUA